GGAAUCAAAGAUUCCAUAUUCCACAAUACUAAAAUAUUUUUUACAAAAUUUUCCAUUUUAAAUGGAUUUGGAAACACUAACGAAUUUUUUCAAUGGCAUUGAAACGUGUUAUCAUAGUCAGCGCAUGCUCUUACGUAAAAAUUCGACAAUACUUGAUAGUAGUGACUACAAUCAGAAAGUUAGCAUCCCUGUAAAAAAAGCAGGAUUGUGCGACUAUGCGGUGAACGACAUAUUUAGAUUGGGAAAAAAAUCAGAAAAUCAAAUACGUCCAGUUUUGAUCAAAUUCACAGGCACGAGAUGGUUAAAACUUAUCUUUACCAAUAUAAAGUACUUUAAAUCCUUAAAAUUAGUAGUCACGAAUGAUUACUCUAAAGAAGAGAGGCAUGAGAGAAAAAUUUUAAAAUAAAAAAUUCAAUUACUCAAGGAACGAAAAUUUGAUGCCAUAUUAAAAAACAACAAAAUUUUCAUCGAUGGAAAGCAAGCUCAAUGGGAAGAGAUCGAGUCUGGAUAAUAGAUCAU